AACAAUAUUUAUCAGUCUCAUUUCAUUCGUUUGGCGACAGAACACGCAACAAUUUUAAGUAUUCCGGAAAAAAAUCUUAUAAUUUCGUGCUUUAAAAAUAUCUAUACAUAUUUUUUUAUUUUUUCUUUAUUAUUUUUGAAAAAAGUUUAUGUGAUAUUUGUAAAAUAAAAAAAUGCUGCGUUUAACGGGACGACUUGCUUGCCGGGCUCUGAAACAGAGAGUUCCGGUGAUAAAGAGGAAUUACUCGCAGAUGAUCAAUCAGAUGCUCCAAAUUCAACAAAUGGAAAUAUGUGCUGAUCCUCCCUCGCGUGGUCUUAUCAUUGGAGUCUAUGCCGAUGAGGAAGACAAGAAUGAUGCAGGAAUUCUAACGCAGGCUGGCUGGCGCUACAAUGUCCAGAAGACACAUGGACGGUUGCUGGAGGUUCUACGUAUGUCGGGGCCCAUGCCCAAGCGAGGAGAAACGCGAUUACUCUUCGCCAUUGAGCCAGAACGUGUGCCAUAUUACUCGGCUGUAGCUGUGGUUGGAUUGGGUAAGGAAUGCCUGGGCUACAAUCCCUAUGAGGUCCUUGAUGAGCAGAAGGAGGCUAUACGUCGAUCUGUGGCCGAUGCUUGUAGAAUCCUAGCCGAACUCGACACGGAUCGAAUUGAAGUCGAGAACUGUGGCCAUGCGGAGUCGGCAGCCGAAGGCGCAGCAUUGGGCAUCUGGGUUUACCAGGAACUACGUGAUCCUAAGAAACGAAUGUCAGUUCCCUCUAUAGAUUUAUAUGCCACCAAGGAUGAGAUUUGCGACAUUGAAGGCUGGCGAAUUGGAUUGCAGAAAGCAGCCGCACAGAACUUGACCCGUCAGCUCCAGGAGAUGCCUUCCAACUUGCUGACCCCCACAGCAUUUGCCCAAAAUGUCGUGGAGGUUCUGUGUAAAUCCGGUGUCAACGUAGAGGUCAAAGUAGAGGGUUGGGCUGAGAGUCAGUCCAUGCAUGCCUUCCUGGCAGUUGGCAAGGCUUCCUGUGAGCCGCCCAUCUUCUUGGAGCUGAGCUACUAUGGAACUUGCGCUGAGGAACGCCCUAUUGUGCUUGUGGGACAGGGCGUGACCUUUGAUGCUGGCGGUUUGUGCCUCAAGGAGCGUGAUGAGCUCUUCCAUAUGCGUGGUGACAUGACCGGAGCCGCUGUUGUGGUGGCCACCUGUCGUGCCGUGGCUGGACUGAGAUUACCGGUCAACAUUCGUGGUCUAAUCCCGCUUUGCGAGAAUGUUGUGGGAUGCAACUCCUUCCGUCCUGGCGAUAUGGUCAAAUCGAUGAAUGGAAAGACCAUUGAGGUUCAGUGUACCGACCACGAGGAUGUUCUCGUCCUAGCCGAUGCUCUCUUGUACGGACAGAACUUCUGUCCGAAGUGCAUCAUUGAUAUUGGCACUUGCUCUGGAUACAUGCGACAGGCCUUGGACGAGGCUGCCUGUGGUGUCUUUACGAAUUCCGAGAUCCUAUGGCAGCAAAUUAAGCACGCCAGCAUGCAUACUGGAGAUCGCGUGUGGCGUUUCCCUCUGUGGAACUACUACAGCAAGGCUGUCCGCUCCGGAGGCCGCAGUGAUGUCCAGAACUACGGCAUUGGACGUGGUGGACGCCCCUGCAAGGCCGCUGCCUUCCUCCGUGAGUUUGUGCCAUGUGGACAGUGGAUGCAUAUUGAUGCCACCAAUGUAAUGGUAACAGAGGGUGUCGAGUACGAGUAUCUGCGACGUGGAAUGGCCGGUCGUCCGACCCGCACGCUAAUAGAAUUUAUCGCACAGACGAUUUGCAAGGACACUGCACCAAAGUUGAACAAGUAGGAAGGUCGGUAUAGUUAAACACUUUUGUUUUCUUCAGCGAUCUUUGGACGAUGCCACACAUCGCAAAUGAAGUUUUAAGAGACAGACGUAUGAAUUUUAAAUUUGUGCCCAAUUAUUUUUAUGAUUUGGAUAAGAGAACGUUUAAAAUCAUUGGUUUAUUGAUGAAAAAUAUUUAUAAAAUUAAAAGUUAUCAAAAGCAUAUGUAUAAAUACAGAUAAUAAAGUUUUGAGUUAACA